AAAAUACUCGAACAACAAAACAAAAGUUAAAAAGACAUGAAACAAAAACGUUACUUGGUCGUCGUCUUCUUUGUCCUUUUCAGCUUUCUCCUGUUUGUGAAUCUGAGUGAAGGAAGAUCAGGAGGAGUUGCAGAAGAAUAUUGGAAGAAGAUGAUGAAGGAUGAGCCAUUACCUGAACCAAUCAAAGAUCUUCUUAACAAUCCAUUUAGGACAGGACAAGAGAGGUUCGUCAAAGAUUUCAACACCAAGUCUAUCGUCAUCAUCUACCACAAUCCUAAUGUAUAAUCAAUUAAAAUCAUAUAAUUUGGCUCUGCGUUUAUGUAUGCAUCAGUUUACACAUGCACCAUAUAAGUGUGUAUUAAUUAAGCAAAUAACACAUGCUUGAGUUGUUGUAGACUUAUACAGUUAUACUUACUAUAGUUUAUAGUGAAGAAAUGUUAACCCUAUGCUUCACACGUUGUUUGUUUG